GUUCCAUGAAGCAAGUCCAUGUGGCCGUGGCUGCCGUGGUUUCUGGUGCUGGGAUGGGUUUCAGCCCAGGAUUUGCCGGAUCUGCCCUUCCACUUUGAGGUCGAAGACCCAGAAGUAGGACUCCUUCAGCCACUGACCAGUGAGGAAUUGUCAAACUUCUCGCUAUGGGAUGCAGGUAUCGAUGCAGUUUGGCUGGAAUUGCAGAUCCAAAAGCCCCCAACGACUUCUGCCCAGACACAGGCCUUGCUCACGCUCACCGAGAAUGGGCAGGUGGUUUUCCGCCUGCAGCUGUCAAAGGCAGAGCAAAGCACCGUUCAGCAUGGAGAAGAGGCCCUGCUGACCUUGGGAAGCUCUGGCUUGCCUUCACUCUGUACCUUGAAGCUGCACAUCAGCCACAAGGUGGACCUCUCCAUCGACGAGCAGCCUGUGGCUUCGGUGCAGCUGGCGGAGCUGUCGAAGCUUCAGCUACACCUUGGCAAAGCUCUGCGGGACGACGAGGUGGAGUUCCAGGGUCACAUUUUCCAGGUGAAGCUUUGGAGUGAAAAGCCUCAGGACCCUCUGGCACUUCACCUGCAGCGACCGCAUGGUUGCCCUGCCUUGCGUUCCGACACGUCACCCUGGUCCAAGCUUCGCGCCAAAGCCAUGCAGGUGCUGCAGUGUGCCUUGGCCUCCAGCUGUAGCUUGAAAGCUGCUCCUGUCAGGUACCUUGUGAGCCUCAGCGAUGAGAUCCUGGACCGAGAGAUGAGUCAGUACUCCCAGGUCUCCCAGGAAUGUCCACUGGGCUUUGCCCUUGCUUACGCGACACUUUUCUUUACCUCAUAUCUGGAGACAGAGGACGAUCCUGCGUUAGCUUUCAGUAACUUGAAAUUGGGCACCCAAGUGCUUUCGAAGAGCAUCGACGUCGGCUCGACGUCUUUGGCUUCGCCGAUGUUCGGAGGAAGCAGGCCCCUUCGCUGGUUGAAGCUCUUUGCAGUUCAUGCUCGGAGGCGCCUUCGUGACAUCAUCAACAUGCCAUCCGAAGGUGCUCCAAGCAGCAACCUCUGGGGUGGCAACCACUCGCGACUCCAACUUGAGGACUCAAGGCAUGCUUUGGCCUCCAGGUUGUGCAUCGAGAUCCUGCACGAUGGAACCGGAAGUGACGGCGAUGCGGGGCUUCCGCUUCUCCGCAAUGCCGUGGAGUCCUUGGCCAGCGCGGGACUGACGGAUGUCUUCUUGUUGAUUCGACUUACAGCAGGCUGUGGAGGCCCAUGGUCGAAUCCUAAAAGUCCCGAGGGAUGGUACUUGGCUUGGCUUCAAGAUCGCUUCCUCAGCAGUGUGGCUUGCAAAGACGAGGCGCACGGUCACGGUGGUCGCCACUUCGUCUUGGUGCUACCGAGCAGCUGGCAUCUACUGCCCUUUCCGCCAAGAACUGUGUGGAGCCGCAUAAAUGAAGCCGCAGAGCUUCUGGAAGGAAGUCCAAACGUGGUGGCUGUGUCGAUGCGAGAGAAGUUUAAGCAAGGUUUCUUUGGACAAGGAGCUCCCUUGCGGCGCAGAACGGAUGUCAGGUCUUUAAAGAGUUUCCUGUUGCUAGCGCCUGCGUUGUCUCCAGAUUGGAAUCUGACAGAAGCAGAACGUCUGCUCACUGACAUCUACCACAUGUUUGCUGCGAGGGCGGAGCCCGCCCGGCUCCUAGAGCCGCUGUUGCAGGAUGUGCAUCCCUGCGGCAGUGCGAUGCUGUGUGCCCCAAGCGCCUGGUGGAAAGAGGACUUGGAGUCGGAGAGCGGGGAUGUGUGGCUCUUGAGAUCGGGUGAAAGCAGUGAAAGCCGAGGUGGUGCGACCUCCGUCGCCCUUUCCAGCGGUUUGUUUCAGCGGAGCCAGGGAACCCGCUACGAGUACUUUGCAUCGGCACGGAAUGUCUUGGGGAUUCCCCCCUGCGUGGCCUGUCACCUGCAGGAACCAGCUGCGAAGCAGAAGUUCACCUUGUAUUUCACCGUGGUGGAUGUGAUAGGCGUCUGCCGCGAACAAUUUGGCAAUCUUUUUUGCGAUGCCCUGGAGGCCUUGCAGAUAGCAUCCUUUCAGGGUCCUGAUGUGGUUCUUGUGGAGCCGUUGAUUUCCAAUGGCGUGAGGCGUGUCCUCACGGAGAAGGAAGCUGCAGAGUAUCGCAAGGACAACAAGAAUCCAGGCGUCUUUUCUUUGUUCCGGGAGGCGGGCAUGUGCACCCCGCAAUACGAGGGCACCACGUCCUUUGGCGACGUCUUUGACUGGCCUCAGCUGGUUCAGUGGCUGCGGCAGGCUCGGGGCAUUCGAGGGCAGAUCUCUUGGAAGGAUUGGAAGGAAACCACAGGUGGCACUAUCGACAUGCUCGCCAUGCAAGCUGAACAUUGGGAUGGCAACGAGCGGCUGCCAUGUGCCGAUUCGGAGGAGGAGAUGAUGCUUCGUUUUUACCUGGAUCAUUUGCACGUGCGGAAAAGGGUUUGCGUCCAGAGCAGGAAGCACGGUGGAGGUUUUGAGCUCCGUUUCUUGGAUGGGGAACGCCUAGAAGAAGUGAUUCUGAACGCUGUGUCCACUGCCAAAGCUGCAGGGAAAAGCUUCACCACGGUUGGACUGUACCUCUUCUGGAUCGAGGGAGCUGAGCGAGCGCGUUUGCAUCCAGCUCGCUAUGGACCGCUUUCGUCUCACGUUUUCUACACUUCGAUCUGGCGUGGUCUGCAGUUCUCCCAGAAGACUCUCCAGCGCGCGGCGCGGGCAGCACGGCAACUGGGCUUGCUCGGCCGUGGCAGGACGUCCAUCUGGCGGCCCUUCAUGGCAGCACAUUGGCGCCAGGGCGAUUUGUACGCCAAUCCUGCGGCGCGGAAAGCUGUGCAGGUCGAGAAAGCGAAAGUUGAAAAUUUUGGACCUUUGCUUGGACGCCUGCUGCGAGAGAGAGGUCUAUCGAGGCUCUUUCUGAUGACCAAUGCUCGAAGCGAGGUGGUGCAGAAACUCAGGGAAGAACUCAACGGAGUGGAGAUCUACCAGGCACCCUUGAUGCGCGGCCACGAGAAUGCCCAACGGCAGCUUUGCGUAGAGAUGGCAAUCGCAUCAUUUGCGCAGUUCUUCCUUGCCUUUGGAGACGGCAUCGUCCAGGGUCACGUCUCCAAACCUUCCCUGCUGACGAUGCAAAUGAGGCUCCACUCCGGCGGCCUUUCCCUGGAACGCAACGGCUUCGCCUUUGCCGAAACAGAGCUCUUUGCCGAGGAUUUGCUGGGGCUCUGAGUGCUGAGAUGACGCCAUUGCUGAGUGAAAA